AUUAUCGUCAUCAUCACUCUCUUCUUCAUCUUUAUAAAUACCACAGAAGAUCACAUCCUUGUAACGCAAACAUCCAUCAUCUCGACAAGGUUAUAAUAAUAAAUUAUAAGAAUUUCAAUGCGUUGUCAUUUCUAAGAAUCACCCUCAUUCUGCUACUGCUGCUGCUGCUGCUGCUGCUGUUGCUCCUCCUCAGAUAUACUAGCAAGUGGUGUGUGUGUGUGUGUGUGUGCGCGCAUAAGGCCUUAAAUAAACAUCUUUCUCAUACCACGUUGCUCUCUCUCUUCAUCCACCAUCCACCGCCGUCACUGGCAAGUCAACCAAAAACAGUGUCGCUACAGAAACGCCCGUGAACGACAUCCAGCAGACGCGAGACGAAGUAUUGGUGUUGUGGCUUUAAGGAGGUGGACGUAGAGACAUUAGCAAGCCGUCAGCCAGCAUGGACACAGCUGGAAGUGAAUGCGACGGUGCCGAGAUGCUGCAAAAUAAAGGACAGGAAUCACGGAGUGCAAGGCGUUCUCGUCUUCUAAAGCAGCUUGGCUUUACGAUCAUAGCAUCGCUCGGCCAUUUUUCACUGGGCUCAGCUCUCUCCUGGCCUUCUCCAGCCCUCUCUAAUCUAGCACGGAGCAACGUCACAUGGGUUGGCACCGAGCUUGUUCUCACGCCGAUGCAAAUGGAUAUGACAGGCAGCCUGGUGUCGCUAGGAAGCAUCCUCGGGUCGUGGAUUGGUGGCGCAAUGGUUACACGGCUGGGGCGGCGAAGGUCUAUGCAGACAGUAGUGGCUCCUUGGCUUAUAGGGCUCGUGGCACUCGCUCUUGCUCCCAACGCCUACAUCCUGCUUGUGGCCAGAUUGCUGCUAGGAUUUACCAGCGGGGUCUCUGCUGUGGCGGGAUCUCUCUACGUAACAGAAGUCGUGGACGCAGAGGUGCGAGGUGUCAUGUAUAACAUUCUCUGCCUGAACGUAACGUUAGGGGGUCUCUUUACCGUGGGCGUGGGGUACUUGGUUCGCUGGUACCAUCUGGCCGUGGUAUGUACAAUUCCUCCUUCACUUCUCCUGAUUGGCACCUUCUUUUUACCCGAUUCUCCAACCCUCCUGGUGGUGCGCGGAGAGAAACUUGAGGCAGUGAGAGUACUAAGAAAACUGCGAGGCCCUCACGCAAACCUGAAAUCAGAAAUAGAAGUUAUAGAAAUGAAGAAUUCUUUCUGUGCAGAUGGAUGGCAGAAACUUCUGAACUGGUAUAUAGUAAAACGAGUUAUCAUUGUGGUAAUGAUUUAUAUUUUCCUCUUUUUAUGUGGGAACGAUGUCUUCAUUGUCCAUACGGCCCGUAUCCUGAAAGAGGCAGGGUACCCCCUGGACGCGGACAUAGGCACCAUCACAGUGGCAGCAGCAAGGCUCGUUGGGAUGCUGAUGUCAUUCUUUUUGGUAGAUCGGAUGGGCCGACGAGUAAGUUUGGUAGCAUCACAUGCCUUCACUUCAGCCUUCUUGAUAGUCCUCGGGGUGUAUGUUCACCUGGCUCCGACGGCGGCACCUGAAGACAGCACUUUCUCUACGCUGGCUUUGGUGCCACUGGUGAGUAUCAUAAUGAUCGUGUUUGGCUUGCAACUGGGAGCCCAGCCAGUGGCCUUCCUCCUCUCAGCAGAGUACUUCCCCACCAGGGUUCGGGGUCAGACCUUCUCAAUAUGCUAUUCAUCAGGGAUGCUGUGUUCUUUCCUGGUGCUUCAAGUUUCCUCCUUAAUGAUGGACGCAUUCACCCUGUCUGGGUUUUACUUGUUCUGUGCUACCGUCAGUUUCAUUGCUGUGAUUUUUACUGUUAUAUUUGUUCAGGAAACCAAAGGCAAGAAUGUUGGUUGAUGCAGGACGUGGAGGAAAGGUAGCAUUUAUCAAAACAGUCAUAAUUAAUCACUACUACCUUUGCUUUACAAAGUUAUAACUUUAUCAUUCUCAAGGAUGGGCCGUACCAUGAUACACAUAUUGACGAUAAAUAUCGAUCGAUGCUUUUGUAUUGUUAUUACCUUACCUACUUAGUCACGGUACCAUUAUAUUAGUAUCACUUAGACCUUUUCCUCACAAUGCUAUGAAAAAACAUACAUCAAUACAUUGAUAUAUAUAUAU